AUGAUUCCCCUUCUCAUGUGCAUGUACGUAUGCGGCUACCUCGACCGCACGAACCUGGGUAAUGCUCGUCUGCAAGGACUGCCGCAAGACGUCCUUGGUGGCGAUCCCACUGGCCAACUUUUCGCAUGGAUCAACUCUGGUUUCUACUUCGCAUACGUCUUCGGUCAAUUCCCUGGUGUCCUAGGUGCCAAGAAGGCACCUCUGCAUCUUUGGCUUGGUGGUGCUGCCUUUGGCUGGGGCUUCGUCUGCGCGAUGCAGGCUCUGGCAUUCAAUUUCGCCUCCCUGUUCAUGUGCCGCAUCUUCAUCGGCAUUUUCGAGGCUAUGUUCUCCCCCAACAUGUGCAUCUACUGGACCUACUUCUACACCCGUGAAGAAAUUGGAAAGCGCCUUGGUAUCUGGUUCUCAUGCGCCAACGUCGCUGGUGCUUUUGGUGGCUUGAUCGCGUUCGGUGUCCAAAAUAUCCAUGGCAGCAUUCAUAACUGGCGCCUCCUGUUUAUCAUUGAGGGUAUCCCAGCUGCCUUCUUCGGUCUUGUCGCCAUGAAGGUCCUCCCUAACCGCCCGGAGAAGACCAAGUACCUCAACGACGACGAGCGGAAGCUCGCAAUCCUCCGCAUGUCCCGUGGUGCGCUCAAGGAAGAAGCAGGAUCUCUGAACUGGAAGCAUGUUCGCAUGGCAGCCCUUGACUGGAAGACGUACGUUGCCGGCACUAUCUACUUUGGCGCCAACUGUGCCGCUGCAGCUCUCGGCGCAUUCCUGCCCACCAUCAUCGCUUCUAUGGGAUACAGUGCCGCACAGGCCCAGCUCCUCACCGUCCCCCCCUAUACUGUCGGUGCCGUCGUUCUGAUCCUCACCACCUUCGGCUCAGAUCAUUAUCAAUCCCGCGGUAUCCCGAUGAUCUUCUCAACGUUUAUUGGUGGGACUGGCUACUUGAUCAUGCUUUGCGUGGAAAGCAACAUCCAUGUGCGCUACUUUGCCACAUUCCUCAUCUGCAUCUCCACAUACACCACCAUUGGUCUCUGUAUUGCAUGGUUUCCGUACAACAUGGGCUCAGAAAGUAAGAGAGCAAUGGGUAAUGCCAUGUACCAAGCCAUUGGGCAGUGUGGCUCUAUUCUUGGUUCAAACAUCUACCCCCUGACACAAGGCCCACGCUACCUAACAGGUUUUGGCGUGACCUGUGGCUUUGCUUACCUCUCUACUAUCCUCGCUCUCAUCCUUACUGUUUACUGCCGCAUGGAGAACAAGCGCAGGGACAAGAAGUACGGGUAUGCGGACAGGCACGCCGCGGUAGACGUCUCUGAGCUCGCGGAUCAUGCCCCCAUGUUCCGCUACACCCCUUAA